CGGGGCUGUCACGUGCCCCCCUCCCUUUCCCCUCAGCAAUGAAACUGGCCUCUUGAUCGUCACGUCAUAUUGUUAACGAUUAGAAUUUAGUUUAUUUAAAGCCCUUGUUGCUAAUAGACUGCCGAAUGAGGUCAUCGUGGUGGUCACUUUGACCAUACUUCACCACACAGGUCAUAGCAGACGCGUCAUUCUGGAUUGAACAUGUCAGAAACACACGAAGAUGUGAAAAUCUCGCUUGAGUGUUGCCUAAAGGAAGCUUUAAAUAAAAAUGGAUUUAAAAUUGUUGAUGAUGCUCUCCAAAUGAAACCAAGCGACAUAGACUGCCGCUGCAGUGAAAACCUUUUGUCAAUUUUGGAUAAUAUAGUUAAUGUGGAUAUACAUAGAGGAAAAUAUGACCACAUUGCACUCGUCAUGAGGUGUCUUUGCUACUUCUCUAUUCCCACUAAUGAGAAUUUCUCUUUUAUGAUUGAACAAGGGCUGAUCCAGAAGAUGUUAGAGUGGUUUGAGCACGUUAAAGAGGUGAACGCAUCAGAUCUAAAUUCUGUUGAGUCAUUUACAACUUUACUUGAAGAUGUUUUUGAUGCAAUUGUGGCGGUGUCAGAAUACAGUCAAAAAGGGAACAGAGAAGUUUUGGAUGCAUUUUUACUUCCAACCAGUCUUGUUGUUCAAAACAAUGCCUUUCAUUUUUCCUGUCGAAUUGAGGCCAUACGAAGUUUAAACAUGGUCCUGAACCAAACAAAUUCAGCUGUAAAGCGACAGCUCUCUUCCACCGCAAGUGUACAAACAUUGAUAAUGGAGUGGGCGAAGCUGCUUCCAAUAGCUGGGGAUUAUGAAAUGCAAGUGGCAUUGGUCGAAUCGCUGUGCAGGUUGAAUAGUGAGAAAAAAAGAUAUAACUUGGCACAUAUGUGGUUCAAAAGCAAGAACAUAGAAAGUCAUUUUACUUCUAUAAAGGAUUCAGCAUUUGAAACUGAUGGUCGAAAGUUUAUAAAUGCCAUGAACAAAUCUUUGGGAGAAAAACAAAGUGUUUAUUCAUUACCUUGUGUGUGUGUCUACUUCGACGAGUAUCAGCUCAGAAAACCAAAUGAUAAAAGGCUUGAAGAAUUUUGGAUCGAUUUUAAUAUUGGCAGCCACAGGAUUUCUUUCUAUGCGAUUGAUGAAAGUCAGUUAACGCAAGAUCCUCUCUGGGAAAUUGUUAGUCUACCAGAAGAAAUGGUAACAAACUAUUCAUUUGAUUUCAAGAUUCAAUUCCAAGCUCUUGCUAUUUGUUUCUCAAAGAAUGUAACAUUUUGCAACCUUGAAGGGAAAUGCAUUAAAAUAAUUUUUAAGAAUCAUCCGAAUUUAAUGGACAUAGUGUACAAGGUUUAUGGAAAAUCCAAAUGUGAGAAUAUUAAAACCAAAAUGAAGGUAUCAGAAGCAAAGAUGAUAACUUCAGGAAAUCCACACGUGGUAUCUGUACCAGAGAGCCAAACAGAUCUGUAUUCUGAGACUUUAACAAGUGAUCCUAAAUGCACCACAGAUCAUAAUGACUGGAGCAAAAGUCUUUGGUCUCAAGUACAAACAGAAACUAUAACCACAUUGAGUGUUGGAAAAGCACAUAACUUUAGUAGAAAAGAAAACGUUUAUGUGGGCUUGAGGCAAACGGUGAAAUCGGUUAAACUUACCGCGUCUGCCUCAAUGGUCAUCCAACAGCAGGGACGCAGUUCUGUACCCAUCGGUUUCAGUGGAAGAUCAAAAACAGCUAGUGGUGGAUUAAAUGCAUCACCAAGAUCGAAAACUAAGAGGAAGUUACCACUUGACUUUACCAACUCAUCAAAAAAGCAGCAGUUAUCAUUACCUGCAGGUUAUGUCAACCCACAAAGAUCAAAUUCCAAUAAGUUGGAAGAGCAGCAAAGAAAGGUUGCUCCAGAUACUUUACUCAUUGACCAAUCAGGACAGUCAAAGAUUCAUUUCCCGAAUAAAACAAAUAUGAAUAAUAGAAAUAGUGUUGAUAACACAAUUACAAUUGUUAAAGCACCAGCAAGGCGACUGUCAAUGAAUCUUACCAAAAGUUCAAAAGAAGUAAUAAAUGGAGGAGAUAAAUCAUUUGUCACAGUGAGGGACGAGAGUAAAACUAAUUCAGCAAAUCUUAAAAGAAGCCUACCAAAAAACUCAAAGACUAUAAAAGAUAAUGUGGUGGAAUCUUGUCAGCCAAAGUCUGCCCAUACACCUGAUGUUCAGGAUAUUAACGAAAUACUUCGGAAUGCACUUGCGAUUAGUCUGGAGCAUCUUGGGCGCAAGAAACUACCUACAACUCAAGUUAAUAUUUUGCCUAGUGCCAGCCACACAACAACCGUAGACGAUGUUAUGCGAAGUAAUGUGGGGAGAACUGAUACAAAUUUGCCAAAUGGGAUGCCAGCCCACUCAGAGCUUAAGAAGCCAUUGGUAAAUGAAAAAGAAACUCACAAAUUACCUGCCACCACAAGAUGUGAAGAUGAAAUUGAAAGCAGCCAACUGCAAGAUGUUAAUGAACACAUCCCCGAUGUAAACCAGGGAAUUACUGCAACGAAUGACGAUUUUCAAUUACGUAAAGAAAGAUUAUUUGCAAAUAAGAAUAUGUCCAAAAAUGACACGCAUAACAUUGGAAAGCAGUUGAAGAGGCCAACCUCUAAAGAGCCAACGUUACCUAAAGGAAAAUGCAGUACCCUUUCGGAUUCCCAGUGUAAUGCAAGUAUUCCUCGGAGCCAAAUGAGUUGGCUUUCAUCAGUCUCUAAGAAAUCCAAGGCCAAAUUAAGAGUUUAUGGGGAAAAAACUAUGAAAAAAAUGUCAAGGAAUAAGCAAGCAAGAGCAAAAUAUUCCAAACAGCAACCAGCAAAACAGAGAGACAUACAACAAAUAUCCUUGGCUUGCACAAAGCAGCAUGAAAUAGAAGAAAAAAUAGAAAAUGUCAGAAAACGUAAUUCACGUAAUCAUAUUUCUGCCCCAAAACAACAAAAAGGAAGAGACAUUGGUCAGGUUGCGUCUCAUGGAAAUGUUGAUUUGUGUUUAACACAAGAAUUUAAUCAAAGAUUUGAAAAGUCACCUGAGAGAGCAAUUUCUACAAAAACUGACUUGAGCAUGAACAUUCACGUUAUUGCACCUUCUGCUUCAAGAAGUGUCUGUAAUUCAAGUAAAAGUAACAAGAAGAGUAUGAAGGAUACCCAUUCUAAUGCAUUGCCUGCUCAAUCAGCUGCUAAAAUUACAAGGGACCCCCACAAAUAUAUAACUACAGAAAAGGAACCAAAAAAAGCACUGAGAAAAAAUACAGUUGUCAAGGACAAGUCUGAACAUGAUAUUGAAGACAUUUUCCUUUCCCUGCGUUCUUUCAGUGACAAUUCGCCAGAGACUGUUUCAUCAAGGACGUUUAACAAUCAUCUUACAGUGCAAAAAAACGUAAAUGUGGACAAAGGAGCUCCUGUAAACCGUGAUGUAAACAAUGUAACGAGCACUGAUAAAAAGUCUUACUGCCUUAAACCAGACGAUUCAGUGGAAAAACUGAGAAAUAAAUACACCUCCGACGAGAUUGAAGAUUGUGCUUCUCCAUGUAUGAACAUUGAAAUGAGCCCGUGCCUUAUACAGGACUACAAUAUAUCACUAUCAUUUCAGUCGUCCAACCAUGAGGAUACAAACGAAAUAGUUUCACCAAUACCCUCCCUGCAUUACCCACACUCUCCAUGCAUGGUCAUAAGAAAGAAUUAUAAGAAGGUUAUUAGCUACUCAGACGAAUCAGGACCAUGCCACCCUCCACAAGCAGCACGGUUAGGUAGAAAAAGGAAAAUAGGAGCUGAUGAAGAUGUCUUUGAAUAUCAGGGUUAUAGUGAGCAAUCUCCCAAGUCAGCUGAGGGAAAUGUUUUGCUCCCAAAGAAGCUAUUCAAACUUCCAACAGGAAAGCCAAGCCCCAUUUACAACCUCGAAUGUGAAGGCACACCUACAUCUUUAAGAUAAUGAGCGUGAUAUGAAUACAAAUGUGGAGGACAACAUUGGAGGAGUCUUGGCUGACUUUGGGAAUGCUGUUAAAAAUAAAUUGAUGAAUAAGUGCGCAAAAAUCGCAAGAUUCACCACAGGCUAUGUAAGUAUUGCAGGGAAGCAUAUGAAGGACAUAUGGAGAAGAAUGAAAGAGCAAAGGACCAGACAACUGAAUGGCUUAAAGAAAAUCAUCGCUGAUGAGCUGCAGAAUGCAAAAGAGGAUAUAUGUUUACUGAACAGUUUAGAAGAAAAAUCUACGAAUUUUUUUAAAGAGCAGCUUCAUGUAACAGCAAAUGUAAGAGAAAGACAAUACAAAAGACUUCACCGAAUAAAAAGUGCACUGCCGGAGAGGUACCAGAGCUGCCCUUUAGAUGAAGCUGCUAAAACAAUGAUGAAUUCAACAAUGGAAGUAUUGAAUAAAACCAUGGCAACUAAGCAGAUAACACUGUUAAAAGAAUUGCAAAAAGAAGACAUCACCCAUGCCCAGCAGGAAAUCUAUAAAGCCUUCUACUCUGCUCAUAACCAAACAACAUAUUAAAAUAUCAGACUUCUACAUUUUACUUUGUUUAAUUUCCCAGCUUCAGGCUGUUUAUUUGAAUGAUCCAGGUUCAGAUUAUAACAGUUUCCAUAUCCUAUCAGAGGCUGCAUUUAGGGAACCACUGCGGAAUAUCACUUAAAAUGCUUUUUGAAGUAUGAACGUUGAAACAAAUGCAUGGCUAUGAAAAUUAUCAAUUUCAAACCUUUUAAAAAUUCUUUUUUUUCAAA